UAGUUGCAGAAGCCAGUAAACGUAUUUAAUUUUCACAACCUCCAGCUCAACCUCCCCCUCUUAUUCUUUACUUUCCUCCUCUGUUUUCUCAAAGGCAAAGAAAAAAAAAAAAAAAAAAAAAACAAAGAAAAAAAAAAAAAAAAAAAAAAAAAAAAAAAAAACAAGAAGAAAUAUACUUCUUCACCAGUAUCAACCUGAAAAUGGGUGCAUCUCAGAAACCCUAGAAUACCACAAAAAAUUCCAACUUUAACCCAGAUUCAGCUUAAACCCAAUUCGGCCAUGGCCGUUUUCUCCAUUUCUUCUUGCUUUAUAGCUCUAAAUUUCUUUUUCCACCUCAAAAUGUUAUCUGCAAAUCCAAAUUCCUCCUUUUCUUUUCUAAGUUUCGAGAAAAAUCCGAGCUUUGAGUCCGACAUUGCUCUUUAUGGUGAUGCAGCAAAUGCUGUUAAUAAUGGUUCUGUGCUUCAACUGACUCGCUCAGUGAGUUCCAGCGCCGGGCGAGUUUUGUAUAAGAAACCCAUUAAGCUUGUCGAAGGUAACCCUGUGAAUUUGGUUUCUUUUUCGACUUAUUUUUCGUUUUUGAUGUCGCCUGAUAAUGGAGAUGGUUUGGCUUUCGUUAUGCUUUCUGAUGCUUCUAAUAUAAGUGCUUUUGAAUAUAAUGUCCCAUUUGGGCUUUCUUUAAGAUCAGAAAAGAGUAAUUCUGAAAUUGUUGCUGUUGAAUUUGAUACAAGGAGGGAUGAUAACUAUGGUGAUGUGAAUGGAAACCAUGUAGGAAUUGAUGUGGGUGGUUUUGUAUCAGUUAAGGUGAAAAAUGCUUCAUCUGCUAAUUUGGUGUUGAAUAAUGGGAAAAGAUUGAAUUCUUGGAUUGAUUAUGAAGCAGGUUCAAAGAGAUUAGAGGUUCGGUUGAGUCAGUAUGGUUAUACAAAGCCAAUUGAUCCAUUACUCUCUCACCCAAUUGACCUAUCACAACUGUGGAAUAAUGAGAAAGUUUUUAUUGGCUUGAGCUCAUCAAAUGGGAAUUCCUCUCAGGAAUGUUUUAUAUAUUCGUGGAGCUUUGAGCUGAGGCAUGUUCCUCAAUGGAUGCAUUCUGAGCCAUUGGAUCCUCAGGCUUUUGCUAAAAAGGUGAAACCUGUGGUAAUUCACAAGCGGAAUGCUUGUGUUUUGAGAGUUCUUGCUGCAAUGAUCUUUGGUACUGCUUGUGGAGCUCUUGGUGCAUUUAUUGUCUUGUAUCUUUGGACCAUCUUUGGGAAUAGGCGGCCGGUGCCUGUGGUGCCAGAGGAAUGCUCUAUGCAGCCUGUGGAUUUUCAAUACAAGAAGUUCAAUGUAGGUCUAGAUAAAGCUGUCGAAGAUGGCAAGCAGUAGAGUGGUUUGAGUUGGAGGUUCUUUUGGAUGUUUUGUAUUGUAAAUUCGUGUUCUUUUCAUUUUUUUUUUUCCUCUUGUUUGUAUUUGCAGGUUUUGAUGUGGUGUUGUAACUGAUGAUCAAUUGUUCAGAUGUAGGUUUUGUUACAUAUUUAUCUAAUGAUUGGAACAUUCAGUUUCAUAUUUUACUUUUCUUAAA